AUGUUUCCACAAAUACAUGCUAAAGGUAGUAUGUUAUUUAAUAAUCAAAUAUUUACUAUUGAACCUGGUUAUUAUCACGUUGAUAAGAAUUCGCCUGAAAAUGAAUACGGGAUAAGGAUAGAAGACAUGGUUUUUUAUAAAGAUGGCAAAGUUACAAACAUGACAUGCGUACCUUAUCAUUUAGAUCUGAUUGAUUUUAAAUUACUGAGUAACAAGGAAAUUGAAUAUUUAAAUUUGUUUAAUAAACAAAUAAAGAUUUCUUUAAAGGAUAAAAUUCCAAGCAGUAAUGAUUAUUUUAUUAACAAUACUAAAGAAAUUCCAUUAAAUAUUUAA